ACGACACCGUCUCACUCCUCCAACACGAAAACUGAGUGGGCACCGUGUACGUGUGGGACCUACUUCUCUUUCUCCGACGAAACAUAAAAACAAAAAACAAAAGAGAAGCAAUAAGAUUAGUCUCUUUCUCGCUAUCGAUCUCGUUUGAUCAUAAUUUCUCAAUCAAAUUUCUUUCUCUAAAAAGGUUUUGCUCUUUAUAAAUUUAUUUUGAUUACUUAUAUUAAUCUAUGAAUGGGUUCGUCUUCGUCGUCGUCGCUUAAUAACUCUCCGAUUAGAGCUGAUAGUAUGGUAACUCCAGAAUCUCAGAUGACUGUGAACGAUAACAAAAACGACAACGUUUCGAUCUUGUCUCCUUCUGUCAAGAAAAGCUUUGAAUCGCCAAGGAAGAGUACUUCGAUUCCGGCGAAUAAUAAUCUCACUCCGGUCAAAUCUCGGUGGUCUUUCUCUUCAUCCAAGAAAAGUUUCGGAAGCAAAGAUGAAACCUUUUUCGAUUCGCAGCCAUGGCUACAAUCUGACUCCGACGAUGAUUUCCACAGCGUAAAUGGCGAUUUCACUCCAUCACUCGGAAACACUCCUAAGAGCAGCUUCUCAGAUAGGCCACCACGUUUCCACAACCUUAUAUUCCACGAGAAGAAGCCUUCCCGAGGCUCGUCUUCUCCAGCGCCACUUCCAAGGAGGAAGAAGCUUGGUGAGCUUUUCAGAGACAGUAUAAGAGAAGAACGAGAAGAAAGCGGUUCAUCGUCAGCUAUAAGCACUCCUUAUCUAUCAGGUGCUAACUCACGCGAAUUCAAUGACACCGCCAUCGAAAAGGAAGAGAAGAAGAAGUCUAACUGGCAUCAUCAUCGUUGUCUUCCUGGUUUCUCUUCAUGUGGUGGAAGUUUCAUGGAGAGGAGGAAGAAGAUGAGUUCUGAAACUCCAGUUGUUGCUGUGAAAUGAGAUGUAGAGAUUAUGAAAUUUGGAAAUGUUUUGUAUAUGAAAGAAAGAGAGGGAGAGAUACAGAGCUCUCAGAGUAAAAAAGCUCUGCUGAAUUUUACAGGGCACUCUAUUAUCUUUGAUGAUAAGAGAUUGAAUCAAUAGGUGAAGAGAUAAUGUAAAAAGGAAGAAAAUGAGAUGCUUGUGUUUUGAUAAAUUUUGGGACUUGGCUUAUGAAAUUUGUCACCACUAAACAUAUGUAUUUAAUAGUUUAAUCAAGCAUUAAAAUAGCUGAUAAUUAAUUCGUG